AGGCUGGAUGGCCAUCUGUCGGGGAUGCUUUGAUUUGGAUUUCCUGCAUGGCAGAAUGGGGUCAGACUGGAUGACCCUUGUGGUCUCUUCCAACUCUGUGAUUCUAUGAUUUGUGCACCAGCAUCUUUAGAGCAUUGUCUCGGACCAGGGUUGAAAUCAUUGCAACCCUCCAGAUGUUGUUGGACUGCAAUGCCCAGCAUUCUUCACCACUGUGCCCUGCUGGCUAGAGGCUGCUGGGGUUGCAGUACAAUAAAAAUCCAGCCCAUCACCUCACCUGGGCAGUGACAAUUGCAGCCCAAGAACCUCUGGAUCAUCAGAGGUUGCCCACCCUUGACCUAGGGCUAAUGUGUAAUGACAUUUAACCAGGGAGAGCAGUCUCAAGAGACACACCAUGCAGCUGAGGAAGUCUGCAAAAGCUUGUGCUAAAUAAAAACCUCUUGAUAGUCUCUUUCAGGUGCCAUAAGGCUGUGAGCUUCUCUGUGCCAGACAGGCUGCUCGGGGUCAUCACCUCCUCCUCCUCCUCCUCCUUGCCAGUUGCUCAAAGCCCCAGGGAGUCAAGCUCUUUCCGUGGAAUUAUUCACAGCCAGUAAUCUAAUCAGUGCAGCUCUUUCCCUUAGUAAAGGAGCCAUCUUAACUGGAGUGGCAAAUUGGAGCGAUACUCCUUGUUUUUCCAAAAUAGGCUUCCUUGGGUGCUUGAUCUUAGAGGCUUUCUGUGAGGCCAGGUUGCCUAGGCAGAUUACAUUCUGAGUGCGUUUGGAGGCUGUAGCCCUUCCUGCCUUCCUUUCCAGACAGAUUCCAGACUCUGCAUGCCAGCUCAUGCCCACGUAUCAGUCUUGGCAGGGAUGUUAUGCCAAGCCAGCUCUCUGUCUGACAGGGCCGACUUGGAGGCAAGAAUGCACAGUCUCAGCUUUUCUUGGCUAAGGUGAAGAACAAGUGCUUGACUUAAGGAAUCGCUGCACACAUUUGCCCAGAGGGCUGAGCAGGAUGUUCCAGCUGCCUCUGCCUUUGGACCGGGACAGGACCCUCUUCCGGCUCCGUUUCACCACCCUGGCGGUGGGCACAGUCUGCUGCCCACUCUUUGGCUUCCUCUUCUGCGUGAUCUGGUCUCUCUUCUUUCACUUCCAUGAAGCCACUGCCACUCACUGCGGGGUCCCCAACUACCUCCCCUCCAUCAGCGCUGCCAUCGGUGGGGACACGCCUGAGCGGUACGUCUGGCGGUUCUGCAUUGGCCUGCAUUCCGGCCCCCGCUUCCUAGUUGCAGUGGUCUACUGGGGCUACUACUGCAGCUGCCACUGCACUCACCCCCGGUACCACUGCCUUUGCAACGUGGCCUUUGCCCUCAACCUGCUGGAGAAUGUGGCCCUUCUGCUGCUCACCUACGUUUCCUCCUCAGAGAACUACCUCAUCCACGAAAGCGCCUUCAUUCUCUUCAUCUUUUCGGCCCUCAGCCACAUGUUCCUGACCUGCAUUUUGUGGCGAAUGACCAAGAAGCACACAGUAAGUCCUGAGGAGCGCAGGUCCUACAGGUGGAAGUGCUGGCUCUUCUUCUUCAACCUCGUCGCAUUCUCCAUCGCCGUCUGCUUCUACUUUCGCCACAAUUGGUACUGUGAGGCUGGAGUGUACACCAUCUUUGCCUUCCUGGAGUACCUAGUGGUCCUUUCCAACAUGGCCUUCCACAUGACAGCCUGGUGGGACUUUGGCAACAAGGAGCUGGUGGUCAGCUCUCAACCGGAAGACAAGCACUUCUAGCAGCGACCUCACCUCGGACGGCUACCCCACCUUCGGGUGUCCUUCCAGAAGUCCUUCGGGAGGAGGCCUUGCCUUUUGGAAGCUGUGGAUCCUUCUGAUGAUGGGCCUUGGAACAGCUCCAGGAGGAACUCUGCAAAUGGGCCGAAAGAUAUCCCAAGAUGUCCGCCUUCCCAAGCUGGAGCGGAAAAUGCAGCCAGCCAGAGAAAGGGGACAAUCUUCUUUUUGAAAUAAUGACAGUCCAAACUGCCCCCUGCUGCUAGGUCAGGACCAGUGGAGUGGUGAAAAGGCCGAGACACCCACCCGCUGAGUCUUUUCACCACACCUCUCCCACAGAAGUCCAACAGUCAGAACCUGCUUGUAGCACCGGGGUAAAUGUGUCAAAAACAACGCUUUUGCAGCUCCCAGAGUUGUGCGGGUAAAAAUCUACAGCUCUGAGGGUAAAUUUAAGCAAAGAAGGGGAGCUAGGGCAUGGGAGUGGAGGGCAGCUUCCAGUCCUUAGCAGUAAGGAUGAGUGGUUGCAGCAACUCCUCCCCAGGCCCUGAGCCUGUCCCCCUUGAUCUGGGUUGCAGUUACAGCAGGGGGGUCCCUCCAGGUGGGAAUUUUCCUGCCUGACCAAAGGAGGCCUCUAUGAACUGCAUUGCCCAGUCUGGCAGAAUUGCCAGCCCACAGGACCCACAUGUCUUGGGGGGGGGGGGGAAUCUUUUCAAAAACAUCUCUUCCCCUCCAUUUCUCUGUCUCCUCUCCUACCCCUCCAACCAACUUUUCUUCCUUGCACUGGAGCUGCCUGUUGUGUGCAUGAAGACAAAUUAAGGACUGUUCAAUUGUGUCUCCCUCUGCAAUCCUGGGAGGUGGGAAUCCUUAAAGCCUCCCCACACUUCCCAGAGCAGGAGCAGAGGGAGGCAGAGAGAGCAUCCAAGGGGGCAGGCAUUUACAUUUGGGAGCCUUGGCUGCUGCUGGACGGAGACUGGCUUGGGCUCCACUGGCAAGCCAGGCUCCGUAGAAGAGGAGAAGGGCUGGCCUUUGAGAUUUGCACAUGUGAGCGUGUGAUGUGGAUAGGAACUCUGUGAGGAAGAUGAAAAAUGGUAUUUAGUGAGCAGAAGAGCAACCACAGGAGCCAAACAGCCUGCAUGCAGUGUUAUUACUUCAAGACCCCCAGUUUCUGGUGGCAAAGGCACAUCUGAAGGGGACUGAUAGCCGCUCUCCUCCUCAGAGCCCUAUCAGAUCUUCAUCCAAGGCAAGCAAGAGAAAGACAGAGGAAGCAUCUGCUAGGACCAGGGGCCUCUCCGAGCAGCAAAGGGCCAGCAGUAAUGGACCCAGAAUCCCAAGGGAAAGAAUCCACUAACAGACAGGAGGCUGGAGGGGGAUGCAGAGGCACCACUCUCUGAUCCCAUGGGUCUGUGAAGCAGUAGAGGGGAACUCUUGGGAAGGGCCAGAGGAGAGGGCUGGAUGUGGGUCACAGUGGGUGACCCUCUUGUCUCAAAGAAGACCUGGAAGAGAGGAGCCGGUUGCGUGCCGGCGUUAUCUGCUCAGGGCCAGCUGGUGAGAGGCUGGUUCACAGGAGCACCAUGGGAAAGAGAGCCAGAAGCCAUGGCUCCCAAUCCUACCACAGGGGAGACUCAAAGCUGGAGGAGUGUCAUGAUGCUGAAUCUUCUGUCUUACCUGGCAUGGCAUGUCCUCCCAUCUUCCUUGCCACCUGCACUGUUGCUGCUGUGACUCAGCAUGCGUGUAUGUGUAUGAAAGUAUGUGUGUGAUGGUUUGUACUGCUAGAUGUAUAUUUUGAUUGGAACAGGCUCUUGAAUAAAACACUGAGUAUUUUUCA